AUGGCCAGCACUACGACUACAACUGCUACGACUGCUACUUCGAACAGUUCACCUCAACCCAGCCACUACCAUGGCCCCCACAACGCGGCCAUAGAACGAACAGGCCUCAACUUCCGCGCGCCCUCGCACUCGAAAGUGAAAUACUCACCCGACGACUUCACGCCUCCCAACGUCUCCUUCCUCCAGGGGAAGUGGCACGUGACCCACUCCACGCUCCCCAUGUGGAAGACCAACCGCAACGUCACCAUAACCUACAAAUCGCUCGAAAACAACGCCGAAGUCCUCGACGACCUCGUCGAAUACCAGCCCCUCAACUCAGACAAACGCAAACGCGUCGAGGGUGUCGACACGCCUGACGCCGAGACGGUCGCGGCGUACAGCUGGCGUGGAAGAGGUCUCCUAAAAAUCGCGUCAAGCCAUUGGCAGGUGCUGGGGUACGGUGAGGAAGAUGGCGGCUGGGCGGUCACGUAUUUCGCAAAGACGCUGUUCACGCCCGCGGGCGUGGAUAUCUACGCAAGACGGAAGGGCGGGUUGAGUGAGGAGUUGCUGGAACAGAUCAAAGAAGAGAUUCGAAAGGUGGACAGUCGGGAUGUAAAGAGGUUGGCGGAGUUGAUGUUCGAGAUUAAGCAUAACUGGUGA